AUGGAAGACGGCAAGAACAGCGGACGCAAAGAUGAAGAGCUAGUGGACGAGAAGAAGUACUUCCAGAAGGUGCUUGACGACAUCGUGAGCCUCAAUUCCCUCUUCACUGUCGCCGUCUUCAUCGGCCUCUCUUUCGCCCAGCCAGGCCAAGUUCAGAGCCUCGCAGAUGACCCCCGUUGCCACCCGGGCGCCAAUCUGCGCAAGCGGCUGGUAGCCUUUGAGAUCGCCUCCUUCAGCAGCUUCAUCUUUGCUGGCUUCCUCGCCAAGUCUGUCAAGGUCUUCCUCUACAUCUCCAAGAAGCGGGAUGCCCUAGAAAGAGAAAACAAUAACAACUCCCUGGAAGGGAAGGACAACCCGCACCGCAGAUUGAUGAGCGUCAUCGGGUUCUAUUUGUCAAUCUAUGGGACCAUGGUCGGGUGCUCGCUGCUGCUCCUGGCCAUGGUUGACGUCGUCCAGAUCAAGCUUGGCCUCCUCUCUUGCCGCAGCAAGUUCACGGUCGCCACUGUCUGCGCCAUGGUUGGCGUCAUCGGCCUUGGCCUGCUGACCUUCUUCUUUACAGUGACCCACGGCCUGUUGAUCGCCGCCAUAAAAGUGAAACCGCAACAGAAUAAUGGCCCCGCCCCGAAGGAGGCUGAGAAGGUAUGA